CAAAACGGUCAUACGAAAAAAAUAAAUUUAUUUAUUUGUUUAUUUUACUGUUGGAAUUUCGUAGACAAUGCAUAAUGCAUAGAUCAGAUAUCAGAAACUUCAUACCACGCCGUCAGAGGUUGUCUGCCCAUCCCCAGAGCCGAGCCAGUGCAUCGCCCACAGCCGAUGAGCCGCAUUCCGCCCGUGUGCCCAUUCCGACCGUCCAUUGAUUUGUACGGCAACAAGCAGCGGCGGAGCCGAAAAGAGCCCAUAGAGCAGAACUGGAGGAGCAACCAUGACCGGCAGAGAGGCCCAGUCCUUCCACACGCGCUGUGGCCGCUCCAUCCGGCUGUACAACAACAACCGGAUGGCCCAGCGCUCCAUGCGGGAUUUCAGCCAUGCCCUGGUGUUCAGUGCAGAGCCCCUGGAGGACGAUGUGCUCUUCGAAGUCGUCAUCGAGAAGAAGAACACCUCCUGGGGCGGAAGCAUAGAGAUAGGAGUCACUGCCGAGUCGCCGGAUGACCUGGAACUGGUGGCCUGCGCCACUGCCAUGCGAAACGGCACCUGGGUCAUGUCGGGCAUCGAUGUGCGUAAGGACGGACGUCGCCUGUUUGAGUUCUACGGCACUGAUCUGGAGACCCUCAACGAGAACGAUCGGGUGGGCGUCAUGCGCACCUCCGGCAACGAUCUGGUCUUCUAUGUCAAUGGGGAGUCCCAGGGAGUGGCGGCCAAAAAUAUGCCCAAGCCACUGUGGGCCCUAGUCGAUCUCUACGGGCGUUGUGUGCAGGUUUCAUUGUGUCCCCGCGAUGGCACCGGCUCCGGAGAGCUUUUGGAUUCACCACUCCAGCAGCCGCUGCAACAGGUUGUCCAGAAUCUUGACGUGGCUAUGAACGUGAACAUCGUCGUCGAUUCCGACGCCUGGAUGCAAGGCACUGGGGUCAGCUCCGGUGCAGACGACCGACUAUGCUUCCACACCCGCUGUGGAUCGCUGGUCAAGCUCUCUCCCAACUUCCGAUCCGCCGAGCGACGCCGACCUCUGGACGAGUUCAACAACGGCGUGGUGAUGACCCACAGGCCGUUGAGGGACAACGAACUGUUCGAGAUUCGCAUCGACAAGCUGGUGGACAAAUGGUCGGGAUCCAUCGAAGUGGGCGUCACGACGCACAAUCCCACAGUACUGCACUUUCCUGCAACCAUGACAAACAUGCGCUCGGGCACCAUCAUGAUGUCGGGCUGUGGCAUUCUGACCAACGGCAAGGGCACACGCCGCCAGUACGGCGAGUUUAAUCUGGACGAACUGCGCGAGGGCGAUCGCGUUGGCAUGAUGCGCAAGUCCAAUGGCAACCUGCACAACUACAUUAACGGGCAGGACCAGGGCGUGGCCGCCACCCGAGUGGCCUCUACUUUGUGGGGAGUCAUCGAUCUCUACGGUAUGACCAUCAAGGUCACAAUAGUUGACCGCGAUGAGCGUGAGCAGCAGAAUCUUGUUACGCGUCGAAACAACAUAGUGGCCGGCAUGACCGCCUGCUCAAGCGGAGCUGGUGCCCAGCACAAUCAGCACCAGCAGCAUUCUGGAACUCCCACCCUAAGCCUCCUUAGUCCGGAAAGCGAGAUGAAUGUGGCCGGAGCUGCUGGCGGUCUAAGUGAAACCAUUUCAAGUACGCGCGCCAUAGCCAGGAACGAUGAUCGUCUAACCUUCCACCACAUCUGUGGCACCCACGCCACUGUCACCCAGAGUGGACGCACAGCUCUACGACCCAACGCUGCCGAUGAUUUCAACAAUGGUGUGGUGCUGACAAGACGACCCCUUCGUCCAAACGAACUUUUCCAGGUGCGACUUGAACGCGUGGUGACCAAAUGGGCGGGCUCUGUUGAAAUGGGCGUGACCACUCACAGCGCCGACGAGCUUGACUUUCCCUUCACCAUGACUAAUGUGCGUUCCGGCACAUGGAUGAUGACAGGGAACGGGGUCAUGCAGAACGGCGUGACAGUAAUCGAACAGUAUGGGCAAAAUCUGGAUCGCCUGCAGGUGGGCGAUCGGGUGGGUGUGGUGCGCAAGGAUGACGGCACAGUGCACUUUUGGGUGAAUGGAGUAGAUCAGGGUCCAGCUGCCAGCAAUGUCCCGGAGCGCGUUUAUGGAGUAAUCGAUUUGUACGGACAAGCAGCACAGGCUAGCAUCGUGGACACUUCGGAGUGCGGUAGCCCGGACACCGGAAACUCCACCAUCUCGAAUACGACACUGUACAGUGAGGUUCCUCUGCGAUUUCACAGCAUCCACGGCGCCAAUGCGGGCAUUUCGAAUAGUGGCUUGACUGCAUCGCGUCCCAAUUCCCUGGCCGAGUUUAAUGACGCCAUUGUGUUCAGUAAUCGACCGUUGAGGCAGCGGGAACUGUUUGAAGUUGAGCUGGAGACAAUGGUUCGACACUGGUCGGGCAACAUCGAGAUCGGGGUGACGGGCACACGUCCCGAGGACAUUCAGCUGGCUCCAAACGCCACCGACCUGGAGGCCAGCGACACCAUCAUCCUGUGCGGCCCCAUGAUUUUUCACAACCGCAAAACCAUACGCACGAAUAUUCUACUAGACUUGGAUACCUUAGGUCCUAGCACUCGAGUGGGUGUGAUGCGCAAUGGUGACUUUAUACACUUCUUUGUUGAUGGCAUGGAUCAGGGACCAGCCUGCGAAUGCCAUGCACCUAAUAUUUGGGCUAUCAUCGAUCUGUACGGGCAGUGCGCCCAGGUGAGUCUUACGCAGACCCAGCUGGACAUACGGGCUCCGUACGCAACCAGCGAGAAUUCGCAGAGCUGCCAAGCCACAUCGGUAAUCCAGCAUCCGGCCAUGGAGACGAAACACCGCUGGACUUGCGUUUCGGGGAAUGUAAGUCUUACGAAGGACUGGACGGAGGCCUCGCGCUUUACGGGAGCGGCGGCACCGCUCUCCCAUUGCCUGGUGUUUUCAGAGCAUCCACUCAGCGUGGGAUCACCCUUUGAGAUUAAGCUGACCUCGAUUAAUCCCAUGUUUGCGGGAUGCCUCAGUAUUGGGGUCACGGAUCUGAAUCUCAGCGACGAAAGUGUGCGCAAGAAGCUGCCUACCAGCCUGCGGCGGAUACCGGCAAACGUUUGGUAUGUGAGCGGGAACGAGGUGUGCCUCAACUCAAGCUGUCUCCAGCGCUCGCUGGCCUCUCUGGAGUGGCUCAGGGUGGACGAUCGGAUAACGCUGGAGCGGGUAGAGAACUCGUUAAACAUUCUGUUGAACUCUGAAAACGUAAACAUCCAGUUUCACAACGUGCCCAACGAUGUGUAUGUGGUGGCGGAACUUAGAGGUUCGACAAUGGGUAUUCAGGUGAUUUCCGCCCAGGGACCAGCCUCUCCCCUUCGCCCGUGCAGUUUGCGGCUGCAGGACUCCAUGGACUUUGGAGUGGACCCACUAAACAAGCAGGACAGCUCUAUGCUGGAGUCAAUUGAUUCUGAGGCACAGAACUACGAAUUUUUGGAUGUAUCACAAAAGAACGCACGGCUCAGCGAAGAUCGUAGGAGUGUGACCAGGAUCAAGUCGUACAACCAGGCCAUUGUCUGUCUGAAUAAACCACUGUGCAAGGGUGAGAGCAUAAGCAUCAAGGUAGAUGCCCUCAACAACAAGUGGAAGGGCACUCUCAGUCUGGGCGUUCUGUCCGCAAGUCCACAGACAGCGCCCAUUUCCCUAUUGGACUUCAAAAGAAGCUGCUGGUUGGCGACCCAAGAUUACGUGAACAUCAACGGCCAAGUGAUGGCCUCCAAAUACGGUGAAGCCCUGGAGCAGAUCCAAGUGGGAACGGUGAUCACCCUAACACUAACCCAUGCUGGAAUGUUGAUCAUAAUGGUUGGUUCAACAAAUCUCGAGGAUCUGGCCAGCGGUCUGCCCAACCAUGUGUAUCCGGUGUUCGAUGUGUACGGCAAGUGCGAAAAGAUAACCCUGAUUACGGGCAAUGAUGCCGGUCGCACCGGGAAUGCCAAUGGCACUCCAAUCCUGGAAGCGCCUGAGGCCCUAGAGUUGGACAACGGAAUGCCCCAGCAGUGCGAGAAGGCGCACCUGGAGAUGCAUGAGAAGGAGAAGGACACGGAGCAGGUGUGUGAGUCUACCAGGGAUGGUCCGUCCACCUCCGGAGCUCCAUCAAAUGCCAUGACUCGGUCGGUAAUGGAAAGCGUUUCGGAGAACUUGCUGCUAAACAUUUCAAUCAAGAAUCGAACUCUGGAGCAACAGCGAAACGAACUGGGUGGAUCCUCGUCAACUUGUUGCCUUCGCGAGUCUCUCCAGCUGCAGCACAACACCAAUCUGAAUAUCCAACGCAGUCAGAGCACCCAGAGAUUCCAGAACUCGUUAAACACUUCAGCCACUGCAGCGGGAAGUAGUGGACCCAGUGGCUCCACAGCCAAUAUUCAACACCUGAGUAACUCGGGCGUCUAUGACACGAACAAGGAGUACGAUGACCUGCCGAAUCCUCCCAACCCGUUGGCUAGUUCCAUGGACGAAGGGCCUGGGCCCAUAGCAACGGUAGCCACAACGAUGGAUCACAGCGAGAACAAUGCGGAGGCGUUGGAACUUAUUGCUAGCAACGAACGCGAAAUAUCCGGAGAUCAAAUCGCCAACGACAAUGUUUUGGAGGACGAUGAGAUAGACUACAUGAACCACCUUUUGCUGCUGCAGCAACUACAGCAGAACGAAUAUACGCGACACCAUCUUAUGCCCGAUCAAGCGUCUCUAUUGAAUCUCGACUUGCCCUCUCUUAAUUCAAUGGAGUCCGACUCGAAUUCUCUCGGACCGAGGCCAGGUGGUGGGACCGAUUCUUUGCGAUCCACAGCCACGGGCGUCAGUGUGGAGCAGAACGACUGCGAAUACCUGCGGCAGGUGAGACGCUUCUGUGCCUCGCUCGUCCUGCCGCAGGCCUUUUUUGAUAGCCGACUGGAGCCAGUGUGCUUCUGCCUGAAGUGCAGUGGUCCGAGCAACGGCGGAAAUGGCGAUAAGCUGGAGGGAUGGGUUUAUUUCAAGCUAAACCAGCAGACGGUGAAUGUGCUGAGCACUUCGACGACAACUGCAUCGACAUCCUCGUCGAAUGCGCCCCAAGUGCACUUUGAUCUCAACGGCGACUGGCUGCCCUUUUACUACAUGACGCGGGUGGACAAGAUUAGGGCCAUACUGGAUCGUGGGCAGCCUCUGCCGCUGGAAUCGGAUCCAGACGAAGAGCCGGCCGCUGCUGCGCUCAAAGAUGAGCCUGGCACCCGGCUUGAGCUUUACUACUCGCCCAAUGCCACAGUUAUCGAGCCCGUGCUGCCCCAGCACCACUUUGCCUCCGAGCAGGGUCUGCACCGCAUCUCCACCUCCUUCGAAGUCUACGUCCGACGGCAGUCCAUCUCCGGAGUGACCACCGGCAAGGCGGCAGCCGAGGCCAAGAGGCGCAGCAUGGGAUCUGGUGAUCACGAUCACGGUGGAUUGGGUCAAGGUGCCGAGGGUGUGGGUGGGACGCCCUCUACCAAUCUUAACGAGUCGUCUGUGCAUCUGCUGAACGAUCUCUGCUGGUUCACCAAAGAGGCUGGAGCCUGUAUAAUCAACGCAUUAAUAAUUAAAUUGGACAGGAUCGAGGAGCACGAAUCUCAUUAAGCGCACAACACCACCUUCGCACUAGUCACGGCCGUUUUAAAUGCAUAGCUCCUGCCCUAUAUUUCGUAACAUGACAUUUUAAUCACGCCCAGCAACUACCCACACCAAAUCGCAUUCGCAUUCCUCUUUGUAAACGAGUUUGUAUUGUAUUGUAAGCGCCAAUAAAAUAAUCGCAAAGUUAAUCAGAUUACACUUCUGGUAGGUAAUAAAAUGAAAUUGUCACAGAAAUA